AGGAAAUGAAACAAAAUGCUUUCUAACUCAAAAAACAAUGAAUCUAUUUCUUCAAUGAGUGACACAAUAUUAAAAGAUAUUAGAGAUCACGAUGAAAAUGAGAUAUAUACAUCUAGUCCUAAUAUACAUGAGAGAACUUUAAAUAGUCUUACAUAUGAUUGGAGUAUGUGUGAUAUAUUUGAAAUAAAUGAAAGUGAAGGAGAAACACAAUGUGUUAAUAAUAAAGAAAAUGAAACAGAUUUGCAAACAAAAGUUACCAAACAAAAUAUUGUAACUCAUUCUCAGAAUGUGCUUAAUGAAACAAAUAGUCAUUGGCAAGAUAAUAAAGCAUUUACACAAUUGGAUCCUUGUAAAUUAAAAGAUAAUAUUUUGGAUUGCUUUCAGGUCACACAAAAAUAUGAGAACUGUUUUGAAAAAACAAUUUCCACAGAAAUCGUAGAGUCAAUGCAUAUGCUAACGAAUGAACAGCAGAAUAUCAAAUCAGACAAAUUAAUAAAAAGAAAUUCUGAUAGUUGUAGCAGUACUAUUCAACACAAAGUAUGUUGUUUAGAUAAUCAAAUAAUUAAACAAGGUACAAGUAUUCAUUGUAAAAAUUUAAUAAACAAUGAUACAUUUUAUGGUUUACCAAAUAAAGUAAAGGAACUUUUUUUACAAAUUAGGGGUAUUAAUUCAUUAUACCAAUGGCAAGAUGAAUGUUUAAAUUUAGAUGCAGUAAAAAACAGGAAAAAUUUAAUUUAUGCACUUCCUACUAGUGGAGGUAAAACAUUGGUUGCAGAAAUAUUAAUGUUGCAAGAACUUAUAUGUAAUAAACGAAAUGCAAUAUUUAUAUUGCCAUUUGUAGCUAUAGUGCAAGAAAAGGUUCAAGCAAUGACACCAUUCGCACUUGAAUUAAAUUUUUUAGUUGAAGAAUAUGCAGCAUCAAAAGGAACUUAUCCUCCAAAAAAGCGUCGUAAAAAAAAUAGCAUAUAUAUGUGUACUAUAGAGAAAGCAUUAAGUUUAAUAAAUAGUUUAAUAGAAGAAAAUCGUUUGAAUGAAAUUGGUAUUAUAGUUAUUGAUGAAUUACAUCUUCUUGGUGAAAGUGGAGGUAGAGGAGCUACAUUGGAAGUUCUUUUAACAAAAAUAUUAUAUGUUAAUGAUAAUAUUCAUAUUGUUGCAAUGAGUGCAACAAUAGGUAACUUAGACGAAAUAGCAACAUUUUUAAAUGCGGAGCUGUAUACUGGAAAUUUUCGUCCUGUAGAAAUUAAGGAAUAUGUGAAAUGCGAAGAAAAUAUUUGGUUACUUGAUUUUACAACAGAAGAAUUAUUGACAGAUGUAAAAAAAAUUAAUUAUCAGUAUUCAAAUGAUGCGGCAAAGAUAGAUCCUGAUCGAAUCGGAGGUUUGGUAAUGGAUGUAAUUCCAGAAAAUUCAUGUCUCAUAUUUUGCUCAAGUCGGAAAAAUUGUGAAAAUGUUGCUCUGUUAUUAUCUAGAAUUUUAUUCAAAUCAUUAGAAGAUUACAAAAAAGUUGAAAAAGAAAAUUUAUUAAAUGCACUUAAAAGUGAAGAAGGCCUUUGUUCUAUCUUACACAAAACCAUAAAAGUAGGUGUAGCUUAUCAUCACUCUGGCCUUACAUCUGAAGAAAGACGAUUAUUGGAAGAUGCUUUUAAAGCAGGUAUUCUGUGUGUAAUAUGUUGUACAUCGACACUAGCAACUGGAGUAAAUUUACCAGCUAGAAGGGUGAUAUUGAGGAGUCCAUAUGUUGGCAACCAAUUUCUAAAUUUAAGUAGAUACAAACAAAUGGUAGGAAGAGCUGGUCGGGCUGGUAUGGGAAAUAUAGGAGAAAGUAUACUUAUAUGCAAAAAUAAUGAAUUAGAAAAGGUAACAGAACUUUUAAGAUCUAAAAUGGAUGAUUCUUUAAGCACAAUACACGUAGAAAAAGAUAGAGGUAUAAAUAACUUAAUUUUAAGUGCUAUAUUAUUACGAAUAGCGACGACUAGACUUGAAUUACACAAAAUAGCCAAAAAAACAUUACUCAAUAUUCAGCAAAAACGUUUAAAUGUGAAUAUUAAACAAAUCGUGGAUGAAACAUUAAGUGAAUUUAUAAAAGCUAGUGUUAUGAAAAUAAAGAAAGAAGAAAAAAAUUUUGACAAAUUCAAACCAAAUAUAAGUGUUGCUUUUCCGUCACAAGAUGUAUCUUCUAAUGAUACAAUUAAAGAAAUAAAAGGAAAAAGAACAUUGAAGCUUACUAAUGAAACUGAAUUAGAGUUAUGUAGUCUUGGACGUGCAGCUAUGAAAGCUUGCAUUAAUAUGCAAUGUGCAUAUACAUUGUAUAAAGAUCUAAAAAAGGCUCAAGAACAUUUAAUUCUUAUUGACUAUUUGCAUCUUUUAUAUCUUGUUACUCCUUAUGAUUUAAUAUCUCAGAUAAAACUAACGGGAUCAAUUUAUUACGAUGUGGUAACUAGUUUAUCAGAAACACAAAUGAAAACAGCUAGACUUAUAGGAAUUAAUGAAGCAAAUAUAGGUAAAAUACGUAAUGGAUUAUUGCCCAAGGAUGUGGAACCAAGAGUGAUUCACAGAUUUUAUGUAACACUAAUACUGUAUGAUUUGUGGUCUCAACAUGCAGUAUAUGCUAUAGCAGAAAAAUAUGAAAUAAGUAGAGGUAUUGUACAAAAUCUUUUGACUGCUGUAUCAUCGUUUGCAUCUUCUGUGAUUCGAUUUUGCCAGGAAUUGGAUGAAUUUUGGGCAUUUAAAGAUUUAUUAAAUAUGUUUAGUAAAAGAUUAUCAUAUUGUUGUCCUCUGGAAUUAGAGGCAUUGAUGGAUUUACCUUUAGUCAAAAUUGGUAGAGCACGUCAAUUGUAUAACGCGGGGUUUAGAACAGUACAGAUUAUAGCUAAAGCUCAACCAACGGAUUUGCAAAAUAAAAUUCCAUAUCUGAGUAAAAAAACUGCGACACAGAUUAUUGCAGCUGCCAAAUUACAAAUAGUAGAAAAAUUAGAAGAUUUAAAGGAAGAAACACAAAAUAUUUUAGAUGGUAUAUGAAUAAUUUGACGGGUCUUUAGUUGUAAAAUAGUACAUUAUAUAAUCUUAUAUAUCUAAAAUCGUGUAUUAUAAAACUUUAUUAAUUAUGAAUGAAAUACUUUGUUUAUUAUC